AUGCCUCACGAGCUGCCGUUUGCCUCCCUGAGCGAGGACGCGGCUGCCGCUGUGCGCGAGCGGCAGCUACGGCGCAAGCAGGCCAAGCUCGAACGGAAGCAGCAAGCGCGAGUUGCCAGAGCGAGCAGCAUCACGCACUUACAAUCUGCAGGCGAUGAGUCCACGAGUGGCUCGUACAGCGACUGGAUCUCCAAGGCACAGUACUUUGAGGCGGUGCCGGCGGGCUUGUUCCUCCCGCCCGGCGGCGCGACCAUUGACGCCGUGCGGCGGGUGCUAGACGCGUGCGACGCGGAGCUGAAGGAAAACAACUACUUUCUCUUUGGGUUUGGCUCGAACGAGGCGUGGGAUCCGGCCUUCAACGCGCGGCUGCUGUACGAGGGCUUCUUCACCAUCACCGCUCGCCUGCUCGGAGCCGGCACGGAGCCUCUCCCGCUGCCAGAGCUGCAGCCGUACUAUGGUCAGCUCGGGACGCCCAUAGCUAGCGAUCUCGAUCGCACCGGGCCCAUUCGCGAGAUCCGCGUCCGUAGGCGUGGUCUGCUGGCCCGCCCUGCUCGCCAGCUCCUCCGCGAGGCGCGCGAGACUGCCCGAGAGGCUAGGAGAGACUGCGACUGGUACCAGGCGGAGCGGCACGGCUCGAGCUGGCUCACGCCGCGCUACCUGCAGAUGCUGCUCGCUGCGUCGCGUGACCCGCGUCUCAACUUCUCGCUGCACGCGCUCGAAGCCUAG